AUUGAUGUAUAUGUAUCGACUGUAUCGCAAACAAAUUAAUCGUGACACUUUAUAAAACAUUUUAACAUGUGAGUGAUGAGUUGUACCGAAAAUGAAAGUGGACCUUUUGUCGUAUUCUUCCUGCCAGCGGUCGUCGGCUGCUUGACUAUACUCCUGGCGAGACGUUGGGCAUACGCGCAAGUGAACAACACAGCGUCAACAGCGAUCUCUAGACGACGGAAAAUCAUCAAAGACCCCCUCGUGAAGCGGCCCUUGCCGCCGAUCACUUGUAAAAUGACGCUGCCAGGUCCUAAGAAGUCUUCUGGCGUCAGUAAAAAGGGUACAUCAUCACCUCAGGAAGAGGAUGUGAACAGCAAUGGGAAGCGCGUGGGGCGUGUCCGUCUAUCUCCCACUCCAGCUAUGCUCGAUGCUAAGCUUGUAGACGGGCCUUCCCCACCCAAGCAUAUCCCGUUCCCGUACAUACCCCAUGAUCCAGAGCUGCUGUUUGAGGCGAUGGCGUUCGUGUUUACAGUGGUGGCUACGGGGCUCCAGUUCCUCAACCUGUACAGGACGGCCUGGUGGCUUCCGCAUUCUUAUACCAACCAAUCUAUGAACUUCUACCUCAUAGAUCCUCACCUAGUGGCGUUCAUAGUGACGUUGCUGUCCCGUCGUCUGUUGCUGAGUCUAGUGGUUCAGCUGCUCAAGGCCACGCUGGCGCCGCCUGCGUUGCCUCAUGGUAUUAUAGCAGCUAGAAUGUUCAUCCUGGGCAUGGUGAUAGGAGCACUCGCCUGGUGCGCGUACUUCAUCGCACUCAAAUAUCCCAUCGUCAAGAUCUUCUACCUCUGCUACCCCGCUGUGGUAUACUUCAUCCUCUUCGGGCUCCAAUCCAGCCCGUUCCUGGAGCUGAGCAACUCCGACACUCCGCUGCACUGCUGCUCGCACGACCCUGAGCUGAUCCGCGCCGAGGUGGACUCCCUGCGGCAGGACUUUAAUCUCAGGGUCAAGAAGAUUAUAUUUAACGCGGUGGUCGGCGCGUACUACUCUAGUCUAAUACCGUGCUGUUUUGCGCAGUCGUACGUGUACUACGACGUGUACCUCGCGUCGCAGCAGACGGCGUGCGUGUGCGGCGCGCUGGCGGCGCGGCUGGCGGCGCAGCUGCUGCCCGGCGCCUACGCCGACACGCACCACCGCGCCGCCAGACAUCUGGGCCGCUGGGGACAGGACGGUAACGGUAACGACACGGGCACAGCUAACGAGUGGAGUCCGUUGAAGUUAUACCAGCGAGGAGCGGUGGUGUCCCUUGACGGAGCAACCUACACGUGUGUGACGUCAACAGCGGCCGCGCGUCCGGGCAGUACGGAGCACUCGCGGUUCUAUACCGUCUUCUCCAACCCGUCAACGCUGCUCUGCCUGCUCCUCUGCUCCCAACUAUCGCUGAUAGUCCUCCAGCUGGGCCUGCUGUACAGCUCGGCGCCCUGGCACAACUUCCUCGCCACCAUCUUACUGCUCUUCAUCAACUAUUACACCCUCUUCAAGAUGGCCAGGGACUAUCUAGUCUCCUGGAAGGUCUAUAAAGCGGAGAACAUGAUACAGGAUAAGAACUCUGCUGUCAAUUGAAACUGAUCAGAGCGUCCACUGGCACCCUUAUUAAGCCCGGUUCACAUUUGUCUGUCGUGUCGUGUUGUGUUUGCGUGCACAUUUAUCUGACCCGCAUGCAACACGACAGUCACGACAUGUCAGACAAAUGUGUACCGGGCUUUAGGGGGACUGUGUUUUCUAAUAAACUAAUUAAUUUCUGUUAAAUCAGUGUAUAUGUUGCUGUCCUACUUAUUCCCCAGUUUUUAAUCUAUGUGUUAUAGUUUUGUAUUACUUACUUUUGACAUCAUCACCUAAACGGAAAAACGUGGCAACCAUUUAGCCGUUUGGUUGAUCAAGCAAAAAAUAAGCAUAAUAAAACUGUGACAAAGAACAAAAGUUGGGGAAUGAGUAGGACUACAACUUUAAUAUACUGGGUUAUUACAGAAAUGGAUUGGUUUGUUAGAAAACACAAUCCCCCUUAUGAGGGCGCCACUGGACGGACGAUGCCCUCUGCGGUGCUGAUGAAAGUCAUUCCGUGUGUCCUAUGUUAGGAGCAAAGCCACAUUGGUUAGUAAUAAAGUUUAAUGUUUAUUUUUCUUGUAGUGAGUUUUAUUUAAGAUAAGGUUGACUCACGAUAUUAAGAAUCUAUUCAGUUAAGCUCUGGUUUCCUAGGAAAGCGGUGCCGUCAUAUAGCGACUGUCUCCAUACAAAAUACUACUCCAUCCAUAUAUUAUUUAGCCGUAUUAUUUAGUAUGGAGACGGCCGCUAUAUGACAGCACCGGCAUCCUACAAAAACAGAGCUUUAGGUUAACUUUAAGUAGCGUUAUUUACUAUUGAAAAUUGUCUCACAAUAAGUCAUAUUGAAUUCCUGUAAUUUUGUACUUAAUCUUCUAUUUCUCCGUUUUUGAAUAAACUUUUGUAUUGAGAAUAAUUUGUGGAAUUUUAAGACUGACUUCGACUGGCAUGUUCUUCCACUUCUGUCACUUUAAAUGGAUAACUAUAUUUUCUGUAUUUAUUUUGCAGUUAGAUAAAAAUCUGUUAACUAAACAUAAGCAAAUUGCAGAAAUCGAGUUUGUUCAAACUUCAAAGUAAAAUAUGUUCCAUUGUUAUUACAGUUAUGUCAUUAUUCAGUGUAUUUUAGCACCCUCUGAUUAUUCGUAUCCCAUUAAAAUAGAUGUUGAAUCCGAGGGUUUACCAAAAUGUAAAAUUGUGGAUAUAUUUUACUGACGAGUGAAAUCAGCAUGAAACUUCGAAAGUCAAAACCAUUUUGAAUUUAGAGUUAAGAGACGUAUCGUGUGACGUCACUAUAUAUUAUUGUGUUAAUCCACCAACUUUAUCGAGUUUUUGCUGAUUUAUAAAUUUUAUAAUCAAUCAUUGAAGGCAUAAAAUGAGAUAACACCUCUUUUUUUAUUUGUGUAUUUUCUUUAAACCGAAUACGUAAAUAAAUUUCAUUUAUGACUUAGCCUAUUGCAGAGUUGACUUCAAAGUUGUAAUGACGAUGGUUUCACUAAGUAGAGUUAAGUAGCAGGGCCAUUCUGGUAACGUGUAUCACUGACAUAAGAUAUUAGCAAAGAUUGUAAAAGAUAAGAUGUGUUAUUCUAAGAGAAGUUCGUGCUUCGAAUUUGAGAGGUGAUGUUGAUGGCACUGUGCGGCCCCGUUGUUCUGUUUGUCAAAAGUUGAUGUUUGAAAAACUCGGGGGCUAAGAUUUUUGUUUGAAUUUACACUAUAGGUUACAAAUAAGUACAAUUGACGAGAUUAUACAUACAAACUGACCUGACCUUUAGUUCAUUUUAUCGCGUGUUUACGUUUAUACAUAAAUACGAUGGAAGAUAAUGAUUUAUGUUGGUGAUAACGUCGUUACUACCUGUUUGGUCAUUCACAUCGCUCAAUACGUCAGAGAACGUCUGUUUACGUUACAGUGUUGUAUCCGUCAGUAUGUUUACAUUUCAUUUUCAUGCUCUUGAUAUAGGUAACAAUGACUUUGCUUAGUGCAAAAAAGUACAUAUGACUAUCGGGUUAAUUAACAAUUAUAUAAUUACUUGCCAUA